UACGAAGUAAAUCCAGAUGGCAACCAUUUCAUUAGAUUACCUCGCGAGAUAAGGAUAAGCAGUACGCUGUCACGGAGCGACAAAGCGUGACGGAUCACCGUUCGCCAAUGGCGAGACCGCACGCCGUGGUGCUCCCGUACCCGGGCGCCGGCAACAUCAACCCGGCGCUGCAGCUCGCCAAGCUGCUCCACCGCCACGGCGUGUACAUCACCUUCGUCAACACCGAGCACAACCACCGCCUGGUGCGGGAGACCGAGGGCACGGGCGCCGUGCGCGGCCGCGACGGGUUCCGGUUCGAGGCCAUCCCGGACGGCCUCUCCGACGCCGACCGCGGCAAGCAGGACUACGGGCAGAGCCUGCUGGCGUCCACGACCACGCGGUGCGCCGCGCCACUGAGAAACCUCAUCGCGCGGCUCAACGGCACGCCCGGGGUGCCGCCGGUGACGUGCGUGAUGCCCACGGGGCUGAUGACCUUCGCGCUGGCCGUUGCGCGGGACCUCGGCAUCCCGACCAUGGUGUUCUGGUGCGCCGGUGGGGCCUCGCUGAUGGCGUACAUGAGGACGCGGGAGCUCAGGGAGAGAGGCUACGUGCCACUCAAAGAUGAGAGCUUCCUGACGAACGGCUACCUGGACAAGACGAUCAUCGACUGGAUCCCCGGCGUGCCGCUGAUCAGCCUCGGCGACAUCUCGAGCUUCGUCCGCACCACCGACCCGGAUGACUUUGGCCUCGGAUUCUGCGAGUCCGAGGUCGGCAACUGCACCAAGGCCGGCGCCCUCAUCCUCAACACCUUCGAGGAGCUCGACGCCGACGUCCUCGCCGCGCUCCGCUCCGAGUACGCCCGCGUCUACACCGUCGGACCCCUGGGCUCCCUCCUCCAGCACAGCGCCGCCGCCGCCGCUGACAGCAACUUCACCGACUCGACCGGCCUGAGCCUGUGGAAGCAGGACGCCGAGUGCCUCGCGUGGCUGGACACGCAGGAGCCGCGCUCCGUCGUGUACGUCAACUUCGGCAGCCACACGGUGAUGACGCCGAAGCAGCUGGCCGAGUUCGCGUGGGGCCUCGCGGCGAGCGGCCGCCCGUUCCUCUGGUCCAUCAGGGACGACGCCGUCCGCGGCGGCGGCCUGCCCCCGGCGUUCGUGGCCGAGACGGCGGGGCGCUGCCGCGUGACGGCGUGGUGCCCGCAGGAGCAGGUCCUGCUCCACCCAGCCGUGGGCUGCUUCCUGACGCACAACGGGUGGAACUCGACGUGCGAGAGCCUCGCCGCCGGCGUGCCGAUGGUGUGCUGGCCGGGGUUCGCGGACCAGUACAUCAACUGCAAGUACGCCUGCGAGGUGUGGGGCGUCGGCGUCCGGCUUGACGCAGAGGUCAGGAGGGAGCAGGUCGCGGCGCGCGUCAGGGAGGCCAUGGAGAGCGGGGAGAUAAAGGCCAGCGCGGCGAGGUGGAAGGCGGAGGCGUUGGCGGCCAGCUGCCCCGGCGGGUCGUCGUAUGAGAACCUUCUGAGCUUGGUCACAGCGUUGGGCGGCUCACCCAACCCCAAAACCCCAAAGCCUGAAAAGUGACCCCAGAUGUCACAAAUUCACAAUGUUUCUUUGCACUCUACACCCUGAACUAUAGUAAUACUUUUUUUUGUAGAAUUGAACUAUAGUAAUCCGUGUGACCAUGAUAUCAAUAAUUUUUUUUGAUGGGCAUGAUGUCGAUAACUAAAUUAAUUAAGCAUGGGUGAUGCUAUAAUCCUGGCAAAAAUUAAGUAAUUUCUUA